AUUUUGCUUAAGGCAAAAAAGUCAUACUCACAAAAAGUUGGGCUGUCUCAGACUGUGGCUGCUCUCUCUAGUGCGCUUUCUUCUACGCAUUAACAAUGGAGGUAGUGAAGCCAUGGGAGGAUGUUGAACCCGAGACAGAGGAACUCCUGUCUCUGAAAACAAGACUGCCACGUCAGCACAUUGAUUCUGCUGUUACUACUACCAAUGAUGACAACGCUGAUGAGUCUUCCAUGGAGAAGAAUGUCAAUGGAAAUUCAAAUAAUGGGAUUUCCCAUGAAGGAAAUGGAGGAGACACUAAAUCCUUAAAUGGGAAUCAUGGCUUAGAAGAUGAUGUUGUUGAUAUGACCAUGUCAACGGGAAAUCCAGUUGAUCAAAUACUGGAAUUUGAAGCAAAUGAUGACUUAAACCUUCCAUUAAGUGUUGCAUCAAGCCAUGAAAUAGUGAGUAAGGACAUGAUGACUAGUUCUAAUCCUUACCAAGAGGGAAAUGAAAUCCAUUUUUCUCGAAAUGAUGGGACUAAGACUCAACAUGUUGAAGUUGACUUGAAAGACAAAGGUGUUGAAGCCAAGUUAAGAGAGAAAACUACUGAAGAAUUGAGGGAAUUGUAUCUUGCGAAAUUAUGCGAGGAGAAACCGGGUCCUCAUGAGUUCUAUUGUCCUAACUGUAAGACCUGCAUUACAAAGGUUCUUGUUCGCGAUAGAGAGGUGGAAAUCAGACCUUCUACUCCAGCACCACCGCGUUCUAAUCGAGUUCAAUCAUCUAGAUGCACAUCUUGCUUGAGUUUCCUUCUCAUUCCUGCAGGUUGGUUCAUCCCAAAAUGGUCCCAUGCUGCAGAUAAUGAUUCUGAUGAAGAAGUAGCAGAGCUUCCAUCAUAUACCUUACAGGAUGCGCCCGCAAGUCAUGAGCAGAGCAAUGAAGCUGCGACUUCCCAACCUUCUGCACCUAAACAAUCUGUUGUGGCUAGGGAACCUGCCCGUGACAAUACUAAGCCCGAACAAAACAUUUCUAGGGGCGGUACUUGGAUUGAUCGCCUUCUACCAUUUAACAAGACUGAAAUAAUACCCGGUCAUGGUACUAGACCUCAACUGACUGAACAGCUACUUCCAGCUACCACAACUCCAGUAACUAAGCCUUCUCCCAAUGAUUCUGCAAAAGAUAAAGCUGUGGAAAACAUUUCCGACUUUCAAAGUCCAGUUCCACAUGAUGAUAAGAUAACAUUUCCUGAUCAUUCCUCUGGUGUUACUGUAAAUGUAAUAACCAAUCCCUCAACAUCUGAAACUGUAACUGUUACAACAACUCGAGGACCAGAACAACACUCAGAAAUAGAAACUAGUGAAGGUAAACUGGAUGCUGCAGUGGGAGACAAGCACAAAGGGCCACCCGAAGAUGUGCGUACAGACUCAACAACCAUCACUAUUACAUCAGAGCGUACUCCACUGAUUCAACAGCAAAGGAGUCCUGCUUCGUGGGAUAUCGUAAAGAGCAUUGUUUAUGGUGGUUUAGCUGAAUCACUUACAAGCUUAGGCAUUGUGACUUCGGCUGCUAGUGGCAAUGCCACAACAUUGAACAUCUUAGGCUUGGCAUUGGCAAAUCUGGUUGGCGGACUAUUCAUUAUCGGUCACAAUCUUUGGGAACUAAAAGAUGACAAAUCAAAGAUUCCUUCCAGUGACACAGACGAACAUGUGGAUCGUUAUGAAGAAGUUCUUGGGAAGAAAGAAAACUUCGCUCUUCAUGCGCUUGUUGCCAUAAUAUCAUUCAUUAUUUUCGGAUUAGUUCCUCCUUUGGUUUAUGGGUUCUCAUUUCGUGAGAGUAACGAUAAGGACUUCAAGCUUGCAGCAGUGGCAGCAGCCUCUCUUGUAUGCAUCACAAUCCUGUCGAUUGCAAAGACCUACACAUUGAAAACGUCCAAGUAUAUCCAAACAGUAACGUACUACAUUGCCAUUGGUCUUGCUGUUUCGGGUGCUUCUUACUUGGCAGGUGUGUUGAUCAACAGGCUAUUGGAGAAGGUUACCUGGUUGCAGUCAACUUCGGCUUCUGCUCUUACACUUUGUGCAAGGAAUUCGGGAAACCCCGCAUGGCAAUGGCAAUCCUUGUAAAGUAACUAGAAGGACCAUACUAUUUUUGUAGGUACUGUUUAUCUUGAGAAUGAGAUUGUUGUUAUGUUAUGUUAUGGUCUUUGCUGAGAAAAAAAGCUUUCUUUUCAAUGGAAUCUUCGUUUUACUUUUUGCUGCUAAGGUUUUGUUCUAUUUUCAUUCUUUAAUUUAUUUGUAGUCUGUGUUUUAGUGUCUUUGUAAUAAACUUUGAAGUUCAGAUUAAACAAAGAAAGAGUCAGCAAACCUCUCUUUUAAGACUUGAAA